GUUUGGCAUUGAGAUUUGGGAAAAAAUGAUCCCUGUGAGAAUGAUGAGAAAAAUGGUGUGGGAGAGAAGCAUGAAUAAAUUAUCAAGAGGUCUGAGUUCGUCUCAGAUUCGAAAGCCAAGGCCUCCAUCUCUUGUUUCACUUGACCUCAUCGAUGAGUGGUCUUCCACUUUCACCCAUUCUCACUCUCCUCCAAUCCAAAAAUCCAUUCCCUAUGAUUGAACCAAAAAAGAAACAAAGAAAAGUUCUGCUUCUAGUUAAUUUAUUUUCAGCAGUCAACAAUGAUAGUGCUAGAAUAAUUGAUGGGAGGUCUGCUGCCGAGGAAAUUAAAUCAAGCAUAGCUGUAGAAGUUAGCAGAAUGAAGGAGUCAAUAGGAAAGGUCCCUGGUUUGGCUGUAAUAUUGGUUGGCCAAAGGCGAGACUCUCUUGCCUAUGUCCGUAACAAAAUAAUGGCUUGCCAUGAGGUUGGGUUCAGAUUUUCAAUUGCUGAACUCCCUGAGAGCUGUACAGAAGACGAUGUCUGUGAUGCAUUGUCAAAUUAUAACAAGGAUGCAUCAAUCCACGGUAUUCUUGUGCAGCUUCCUUUGCCACAGAAGUCAUUGGAACAGCAUUUUGACGAGGGAAAGAUUUUAAAUGUACUAAGCUUAGAAAAAGAUGUGGAUGGAUUUCAUCCAUUAAACAUUGGGAACUUGGCCAUUCAGGGUAGAGAGCCAUUGUUCAUCCCGUGCACUGCUAAAGGCUGCAUUGAGUUACUGCUAAGUUCUGAUGUUGAAAUCGUUGGGAAGAGAGCUGUAGUGAUUGGGAGGAGCAACAUCGUUGGAUUACCUACUUUUUUGUUGUUGCAGAGGCACCAUGCAACAGUAAGCAUUGUGCAUGCAUAUUCAGAGAAUCCAGAAAUUAUUACUCGCGAAGCUGAUAUACUUGUGGCAGCUGCUGGAGUACCUAAUUUAGUCCGUGGUAGCUGGUUAAAGCCCGGAGCAGUUGUACUUGAUGUAGGAAUAAACCCAAUUGAGGACCCUGAGAGCGAACAUGGUUACCGUUUGAUUGGAGAUGUUUGCUUUGAAGAAGCAGUCAGGAUCGCUUCUGCUGUAACCCCAGUGCCUGGAGGUGUAGGUCCUAUGACAGUUGCAAUGCUUCUUCUGAACACCCUUGAAGCCGCCAAACGUGCACUUUGUUUUACUUGAUUUUAAGGUGGAGGAACUCCUAAAAUGUCUCAUUUCUUCCUCUCUAUUGGAACUGCUCAAGUUUUGCACAAUUGGACUUGUGUCUGGUAGACCAAUCACUGUCAUUAAUCAAACCCGGCGUUCCCAACCACUUCAAGCAGCCGACCAAUAGAAAGUAGCAUCUUCACUACUUUGGGAUGAUGCACUGAGAUAAUAUGACAUUGGAGGACAAACGAAUAGCUAAUAAAAGCAAUUCCAUAAUGCAGAAAAUUCUCUUGUAUAACUAACUGUAUUUAUGUAUAUUGAUCAUCUCCUUCAGGUUCCUUUUGUUUCCACAUGAGGUUGAUCUUUUAAAGCUAGACAAUCUUUAUUUUUUUAUUUUUCAAAGAAGAUACCUGCAUGUGCUUAUAGAAGAGAAAGGCCCUUAAAACAGAAGGUUCACAUGUACUAGAAAA